AUGGCUGAACAACAGAAACUCUCGGCCGCUCCGAGAAAGGCUGACAUUCAGAGCGUCACGAAGAGGCUCCAGUCUGAGUUGAUGACUUUGAUGAUGUCUCCUACGCCGGGAAUCUCAGCCUUUCCUGAUGCAGAUGGCAACUUACUACACUGGACCGCCACCAUCAUCGGACCCAAAGACACGCCCUACGCAGAUUUGAACCUGAAGCUCAGCUUCGAGUUCCCGGGGAACUAUCCCUACACUCCUCCUACCGUACUCUUCAAGACGCCCAUCUAUCACCCAAACAUCGAUUUCAGCGGAAGGAUAUGCCUGGACAUCCUCAAAGAGAAGUGGAGUGCAGUGUACAAUGUGCAGACUGUACUGCUGAGUUUGCAGAGUCUGCUCGGGGAGCCAAACAAUGCGAGCCCUUUGAACAACGAAGCCGCCCAACUACAUGAGAAAGACCCUGAGGAAUACCAACGAAAGGUCUUGGCCCGUCACCAGGAUAUUGAUGACUGA